AUGCCUUCGGUCUACACCAGCCUACGACUACCAGCUCCCCCGCAACAGAUUUGGGACAUCUUGACCGAUUUCGAACAUUACUCCGAAUGGAAUCCCGUUAUCCAGAGCAUUUCUGGUGAGCAAUGCACAAAUGGCCGGCUCCACUUACAGAUGAAGAACCCACGAACUUCGAAAGUAAGAAAAUCCGAUCCCAUCAUAAAGAACUGGUCGCCUGUAUGCCACCUACAUUGGCGAGCACGGCCUUUCGAUCUCCCAGGUUUAUUUACCGAAUAUCAUCACUUUAUCCUCCAGCCGAGCGCGGAUGGGAUGAGCACCGACUUCGAGCAUUUUGAGCUCUUCUCGGGGAUAUUUGCAUAUCUCAUUAAAUACAUCAGAAAAAUCACAUACUCGGACAGGGAAGAUGCUUUCAACGCGAUGAAUGACGCCUUGAAGAAACGAGCAGGGCAUCCAAGGAAGUAG